AUGUUCUCGACAGGACAAUCUCUGGCCUGGACCCUGCUCCCCCUCCUCCUCCUCCACCUCCUGGGCCUCACCUCGUCCACUCUGGCCUCUCUGGUUAAAACCAACAAGAGGCUGAAGGUGACGAGGGGUCAGUCGGCCUUCCUCCAGGACACAGACCUGCAGUUCCACAUCCCUCGCCACAAAGACGCGUGUAAAGUGGAGGUGGUGCAGAACGAGCCCAUAACCCAGCGCGUGGGGAACCUGCAGCCUCAGGUGUUUGAUUGCCACUAUCUUCCUGAUGAGGUGAAGUAUGUCCACUACGGCUGCCCACUGCUGAAGAAAGACACCGUCAGACUCAGACUCUACCGAUUCACAGACUCCCACACGCACAUGGAGGUCUUCACCCUCAACGUGGACAUCAUCGAACCCGAAUGCAGCAUCAUCCGCCUGGGCCCCAAGUCCCUGGAGGUCCCUGAGUUCUACAGCCUCUCCGACCCUCUGGAUGGAAACGUUGUGUCUUUUCAUUACGAGCGGAGGUCCAGUCUGGAGUGUAGCGUCCACUUGAACCAUCACCAGGACCAGCUGCCGGCGCACGGACGACUGGUCACCGGAGAACUGCAGGAGGCCAGCAAGAGAGGAGACGAGCCCGAGAGCUUCAUCCACCUACGCCAGCAGCUAGAUAAUAAAGAGAAAGCCAUGUGCACAUCCGAGGACUGUCUGAAGGGUCUGAAGCUGGUCAAGUUCUCCAAAGUUCCCUGUGAUGAGUUCCUGGUCCUGGGUCUGAGGUACCAGCACACAGACCCUCCCUCUCCGGACGUGGACUACAUUCACAUCAGACUGGACCUCAAAGACACACGCAGCAACAGCAUCUACAAGACAGAACACGCCUGGAUCCCCGUGCGGGUUCUGGGAGCGAUGCCAAACCAGCCUCCCAAAGCCUCCUUCAUGUCCAUGUUCAUCCUGGAGGUGGACCAGUUCAUCCUGACCCCUCUCUCCACCGGGACCCUGGACGCGGAGGACGAGGAGACCCCCAAACAGCUGCUGGUCUUCAACAUCACCUCCGCCCCCACAGAAGGCUUCAUCACCCACCUGUCCGACCACACCCGGCCCGUCUCCUCCUUCACCUGGCUGGACCUCAACGACAUGCUGAUCGCCUACCAGCCGCCAAACUCCUCCCACACCCAGCGCCGCAACUAUGAGGUGGAGUUUGAAGUGCACGAUUUCUAUUUCGACAGAAGCCCACCCAUCAUUGUCCACAUGUCUGUCCGGAACGCAGAAACCAAUGCACCGAGAGUCUCCUGGAAUAUGGGUCUGAGUUUGCUGGAGGGUCAGUCUCGUCCCAUUACGUGGGAGCAGCUGCAGAUCGUGGACAACAACAACCUGAAAGCUGUCCGUCUGAUCACUGUGGACGGACUGCAGCACGGACGUCUCACUGUCAGAGGUGGGAAGGGCUUCAUGUUUACUGUCCAAGACAUCAAAGAGGGCGUGGUCUAUUAUCACCACGACGACAGCGACUCCACCAAAGACUUCAUCAUUCUGCGCAUCACAGACGGCCUGCACCAGACCCGCCACAAGUUCCCCAUCAAGAUCCUGCCCAAGGACGACAGCGCCCCCUUCCUCAUCACCAACAUGCUGCUGGAGGUCCCUGAGGGCCAGACGGCGCUGCUCCCAGGGUCUACUCUGCAGGCAGCCGACAUGGACUCCAGCCACGACUACAUCCUCUUCAACAUCACCAGGGCUCCACAGGCGGGGGAGGUGCUGAAGAGACCAGGGGCUGGACUCACAGGUUAUGCAGUGAACCACUUCCUGCAGAAGGACCUGUCUCAGUCCCUGGUUUACUACAGACACUUGGGACAUGACGUGUUCGACGACUCCUUUGAGGUGGUGUUGUCCGACUUCCACGACCCUCCGAACCUGUCAGAGCCUCAAGUGGUGAUGGUCCAUGUUGAGCGCGUGCCUCACCAGCCGCCUAAAGAGGUUCCUGGUACCAGCCGCUGUCUGGUCGUCAAGGAGACAGACGUGGUCCACAUCACGCGACAGCAGCUGCACUUCCUGGAUCAAGAUUCUCCAGACAGCGAGCUGACGUUCACAGUCACCACCCCGCCCUUCUACAGCGGCCCCCACACCCCGAGUGUGGACGCAGGACGCCUGUUUCUGGUGGACAGUAUUCCCAAAUUCACCAAAGACGCCAGUGCUCCGGUGCUCAGGCUCUUCACACAGCAUGCCGUCAGCUUCAUGAAAGUGGCCUACAUGCCUCCCAUCGUGGACAUCGGGCCUGAGCCUCAAUACAUUCAGUUCAUUCUGUCUGUGACCAACAAACUGGGAAAAACCGUAACUGGGAUCUGCUUCAACGUCACUGUUUUACCUGUGGACAACCAGCCGCCUCAGGUUUUCAUGGCGACCCUGUCUGUUGAUGAGGGAGGGGAGUGUUGGCUGGGACCCCGACACCUGCUGCUGUCCGACCAGGACUCGGACAAAGAGGCUCUAACUGUGAAGCUGCAGAGAGAGCCACUACAUGGUCUUCUACAGAUUUCUGGUUCUCAUCUACAACCAGGGGAGAGCUUCACUGUGCAGGACCUGGACAACAUCAAGAUCAGGUACAUUCACGACGGCUCCGAAACACUGGAGGACAACAUCGAGCUCAUCGGCACAGACGGCAUCAACUCGGUCAACUUCGUUCUCCCUGUAAAGGUGUCCCCGGUCAACGACGAGGUUCCGGUGCUGACAGCCGGUCUGAACUCUGAACUGAGCUGUGGCGAGGGAGAGGAGGCCGCCAUCACCGCAGAGCACCUCCACGCCACAGACGCAGACAGCGACAACAGCAGCCUGGCCUUCCUCAUCGCCCGCCAGCCCUAUCACGGCGUGGUGCUGCGGAGAGGAGGCGUGGUGGACCGCUUCACUCAGGCCGACGUCACCGCGGGGGCCGUCGUAUACAGACACACCGGGCUUGAGAUUGGACUCACAUCUCGACGAGACACCAUCACCUUCGUGGUUUCUGACGGUGAAACCGAGACCUCCGUGUGCUGCGAGGGCAGGGGCAGGACUGGAGGCCCCGCUCUGAUCCGAGACAGUCUCCCUGUGUAUGACCUCCACAUCACUGUGUUCCCUGUGGACAACCAGCCUCCCACUCUGACCACAGGAGACAUCUUUGUCGUGGAUGAAGGGGGAUCAGCCUCCAUUUCACCCUCUCAUCUGAAAGUGUCUGACGCAGAUUCUCCGAUAGAGAAGUUGGUGGUCAGCCUGGUCUCCUCUCCUCAGUUUGGGUUCAUAGAAAAUGUCUUACCCAGUCCUGGCUUCGAGAAGAGCAACAUGGGCAUCAGUAUUGCUUCGUUUCUGUACAAGGACAUCGUGGACGGUAACGUGAACUAUGUACAGUCCAAACACGCGAGGAUGGAGCCCACAACCGACCACUUCAUGUUGAGUGUUUCGGACGAAACACACGCUUCUGCCCAUGUGCCGUUUUACAUCAUUAUAAACCCCACGAACGACGAAGCUCCGGAGUUCACGGCCCGGAACAUCACCGUGACUGAGGGCAAAAUGAACGCGUUGGACUCCUCGGUGUUGGAUGCGGAAGAUAUGGACGUCCCAAAGAAUGUUCUGGUCUUUACUGUGGUCUCUCCGCCUCAACACGGGACCAUCAUGCAACAGGGCAGAGACGGAGCGGGACAUGGGAGAGGAGACACCUACCUUCAGGAGCAAGUGGUGGACUUUACCAUGGCUGAGCUCACACAUGGGAUUAUGUAUUUGCACGAUGACUCAGAAUAUUUGGAAGACAGUUUCACCAUCGAGCUGACGGACGGGAAGCACAAGAUCCACAAACAAGUGAUGGUCAAAGUGCUGCCGGUGAAUGAUCAGGAGCCAAAAAUCAUAAGGAACAAUGGUCUGGAGCUGGAGGCCGGAGAGACCAGACUCAUAUCCAGCGUCGUGCUGUUCGCUCAGGACGACGACACUCCCGCCUCCGAAGUUAUAUUUGUCUUUGAAAGUCUCCCCAAUCAAGGACUACUGCAACUCAAGGUCAAACACGACUGGGAGACUCUGAGGGCUGGAAAGAGCUGCUCCCAGGAGGCGGUGGACCUGAACCUCCUGCGGUACCGUCACACCGGACUGAACCACCAGGACCCACACGACCACUUUGUCUUCUACGUGUGGGACGGAAAGAACCGGACGCCCUCUCAGCAUUUCCACAUCUCCAUCCGGGACCUAGAGAAGGGUAGAAUAUGUCUUUAG